GUCGAUAUUUGCAACUAAGGGAGGCUAUCCCCAAACAACUAUAUGAGGCGUUGCUGAGUGCCGGAAGGUUGCUAGCCGGUGCAGGGAGAAUAACAAACUCAAACCCCCCAGGAUUUUUCACAGCGCAGGCAUUUCUGAUUUUCCAAUCAACAAAAUCGCUGAACAAACCUAACGAAUUCCCAAAGCACACACAAGUUUAAAUUAAAUAUACAUAUUUUUUGAGUUUUAAAUUGAAAGAGGCAAGGACCGUCGAAAUGGAGGAGUUAGAUAUAACCAGUGUGGGUCAGUUCCAGACCCUGGUGCGGUACAACAACCCGGUGCUAGUGGUUAAGCACCCGGACAAGAAGGGUGGCGCUCCGUUGACGGAGAUUGAGAUGAAAAGGCCCCAAACUGCGGGCGCUUUGUUAGAUUCGAAAAAGGAAACCGAGGAGAUACUAAAUUCUAUUCUUCCACCUCGCUGCUGGGAAGAGGAUGGACAGUUGUGGCAGCAGUCCGUGUCCAGUACUCCAGCAACACGUCAAGAUGUAAUAAAUCUGCAGGAAAUGCUGGAUACUAGGCUGCAGCAGACCCAGGCUCGCGAAACGGGCAUCUGCCCUGUGCGCCGCGAGCUCUACUCACAGUGUUUUGACGAGAUCAUUCGUCAGGUGACCAUCAACUGUUCGGAGCGCGGCCUACUGCUUCUGCGUAUCCGCGAUGAGAUUGCCAUGUCAAUGGAGGCCUAUGAAACAUUAUACUGCAGUUCCGUGGCUUUCGGAAUGCGCAAAGCCUUGCAGGCACACGAGGAAAAGGAAAUGCUGCGUGACCGGGUGAAGACUUUGGAACUCGACAAAGAGGCACUUGAGGAGAUCAUCGCAGACAUGAAGCUAAAGCAGGAGCAGGCCGAACGGCGCAAUGCCGAAUUGAGAGCGUCCGAGGAAAAGAAGUUCACCGAGGAGAUCACUUUCUUAAAGAAGACCAACGCCCAGCUGAAGGCACAGCUGGAGGGUAUAACCGCACCCAAGAAGUAGAAAAAUAUGUAUGGUGUGUGGUCUAUGCGUUUUGCAUUUGUCACUUUAACUUUGUUGGAACUUAUUAAGAUUAAAUUAUUUGAGCAAUUAAUCUGCAGCUAAGACUCUUCAGUCGGAGCAGAUUCUGAA